AUGUCUUCGGCUAAUAAUAAUCCCUCCCAGUUUCCUCCUCCACUCUCUUCGGAGUUUGUCACCGUCGAUUUUUCAACCGUCACCGGAGAUUCCCAUAAAGAAGACACCGGCGGUGAAUCUCCGGUCAAUGAGGUCCUCGUCGACAUCACAGGGCCACGGCCGAUUCCAUUCGUUCUUUCCUUUAACAACCUUACGUAUAGAGUAAAAGUACAUCGCAAGAUGGCGUUGCCUGGCUUCUCCAGGAGGGGUGGAAGCGCCGACACGGAUGCCGACAAGACAUUGCUCAAUGAAAUCUCAGGCGUGGCUCGAGACGGCCAGAUAAUGGCCGUGCUCGGCGCGAGUGGCUCGGGUAAAUCGACGCUGAUCGAUGCUUUAGCCAAUAGGAUAGCUAAAGAGAGUUUGAAAGGGGAAGUCACUUUGAAUGGCGAAGCUUUGGAAUCACGGAUGUUGAAAGUGAUUUCAGCUUACAUUAUGCAAGAUGAUAUGCUUUACCCGAUGCUCACCGUCGAGGAAACCUUAAUGUUCGCGGCGGAGUUUCGACUUCCUCAGUCAUUGCCGAAUUUCAAAAAGAAAAUUCGAGUCGAAGCGUUGAUCGAUCAAUUAGGCCUAAGAAACGCCGCCAAAACAAUCAUCGGAGACGAAGGUCAUCGAGGUGUUUCCUGUGGAGAGCGUCGCCGUGUGUCGAUCGGAAUUGAUAUAAUUCAUGACCCCAUCAUCCUUUUAUUGGACGAGCCGGCAUCGGGGCUCGAUUCGACCAGUGCUUUCAUGGUGAUCAAGGUUCUACAGAGGAUAGCUAAAAGCGGGAGCAUUGUUAUAAUGUCAAUUCAUCAACCAAGUAUUCGAAUUCUUGGGUUGCUAGACCGAAUGAUGUUCUUGUCUCGUGGGCAAACUGUUUACAAUGAUUCACCGAUGAAUCUGCCAUUGUAUUUGUCCGAGUUCGGGCAUCCGAUACCCGAGGGCGAGGACAAAACCGAGUUCGUUUUAGACUUAAUCCGAGAACUCGAAGGAUCUCCAGAAGGAACUAAGAGUUUGGUCGAGUUCAACAAGUCAUGGCAAAUCAUGAAAACCACAACCCAACUCGAGCUGGACCGACUCGGUCUAACCCUAAAAGAAGCAAUUAGCGCAAGUAUUGGUAGAGGUAAACUUGUUCCGGGUGCUUCAAAUGAUGUCACUUCAUCUUCAAUAGUUCCAGGAUUAGCAAAUCCACUUUGGAAAGAAAUCCUUGUAUUAUCAAGUCGAUCCAUCCUGAAUUCAAGACGAAUGCCGGAGCUUUUCGCGGUUCGACUCGGAGCAGUUCUAGUGACGGGUUUCAUUCUCGCGACGGUAUAUUGGCAGCUCGAUAAUUCGGCGAGAGGGGUACAAGAAAGAAUAGGGUUUUUCGCAUUCUCCAUGUCGACGACGUUCUACACUUGCACCAACGCCCUCCCGGAGUUCCUCCAAGAAAGGUACAUUUUCAUGAGAGAAACCGCCUACUACACGUACAGGAGAUUAUCAUACGUAAUAUCGAACGCUCUAGUAACAAUACCGGGCUUGACGAUUCUGUCGCUGACCUUUGCCGUGACGACGUUUUGGGCUGUAGGGCUCGACGGUGGAUUCCCCGAAUUUGUAUUCUAUUUCUUAAUUAUAUUCGCUUCGUUCUGGUGCGGGAGUUCGUUCGUGACAUUCCUCUCGGGCGUCGUCCCGCAUUUGAUGUUAGGCUACACGAUCUCCGUCUCGGUUUUAGCCUAUUUCCUACUCUUCAGCGGCUUCUUCAUCAACCGAGACCGAAUCCCGGAUUACUGGAUAUGGUACCAUUACCUUUCCCUGGUGAAAUAUCCAUACGAAGCCGUACUACAAAACGAAUUUGAAAACCCUACGAAGUGUUUCGCCAGAGGCGUUCAAGUGUUCGACAAUUCACCGCUAGGAGAAGUCCCUCCGGCGGUGAAAGUUAGGUUAUUGCAGUCGAUAGGGAACAGUUUAGGGAUGACUAUUACAAGCUCAACAUGUUUGAGAAAGGGUUCUGAUAUUCUCAAACAACAAGGGAUGACUGAUUUAAGUAAAUGGAAUUGCUUCUGGAUUACCAUUGCUUGGGGUUUCUUGUUUCAAAUUUUGUUUUACUUCUCUUUAUUAUUUGGAAGCAAAAACAAGAGAUAUUGA